CUAAUUCCCGGGACGCGGCGUCGAAGGCACGCGCUGGAAGCAGACGGUGAGGCUUUCUCUUCGCUUCUCCCACCGCAGAGUUAUGCGUCACUCGUGCGGCCAUCGUCUCUCGCGUGCGGUCGCCGUCCCACAGGCGCACGGCGAAGCGGGGGCUCGCUGGGCUGGGCCUCCGCUGCGCCGUCGUGGGCUCUGCGGCCACGCGAGUGUGCCCAUGAUGGUCGCCUCACGUUCCGGGGUCGCCGAGUGCCGUUCCGUCUACUGCCUCCGUGGGGCGGAACUGCAGUCUGUGCAGAUGCCAUUUAAGGCGAAUAUCGGCUACCGAGGGUUAUCAUAUCCGCCAUCAUCUGCACAGAAGGCUGCACGAGCUCCAUGCCUCUUCCCUCUGCCGUCCUGCGCGAACAUUGGCCCUCCUUACGGCACGUCGGCGGCUUUGCAACACACCUGACUCUGCGUCCGCGCUGGAAUCUAUUGCGCUCCUGCUCGGCCCCCCGGAAUCCCUCCAAGAUCCCGGCCUCUAGGCGCGAACAGCGCGUUAUCAGAUGCAGACCACCCGCGAACGCUGGAUGCGCCACCUUGCUUCGCUUGCGCGCCCCGCUGCCCCUGUGUCAGUCCCGGCCAGUCGACCCGCAUUUGCCUAGAGCAGAUCAUUUCGCAAACCAAGCUCUCAGGCUGGCGCACCGCUCGCAUUGCGAUUCGCACACCAGGCCGUUGCAAGUGCCGCACAUGCCCCAGGGCUGGCGAGUUCCCGGCGACAGUUCUUCCUCGCCUCUCGUCCGCUCGAUACGAUAUGGUUCGCCCCUUGUCAGAAGCGCAGCGGUCCGAAACGGACGUGCGCCUUUGCCGACCGCGGUGCACAUGAGUCCCCAACUGGUUGAGGUGAUCAUCGCUUCGAAUCCACCUCCCUUUCGCCCACGAUGCCGGCGCACGAUGUGGCCUCGGUCGCAGGCACACGGGGGGACGCGACUUGUAUAAGUCCGCGUGCGAGAAUCGGAGCGGCAUCUUGUCCCCCGCGCUCUGCCCCACUUCGCGUUCGCAACUCCGCCCAACCUCUUUCUCCCCGUAUGGCACAAAUCACCUUCCGCAUCAACCCCAGGCCGUCGUACAGCGAGCGCAUGACCGACGCGCGCGCCGAGCUGCGCAAACUCAUCCGUGAGCAGCUAUGCCAGAUCACACAUGACGCCGCCGCGACGAUGUCGUGGAGCCGUCGGUCGUACAUGAAGAACGUCGUGAUGCGCUACCGCGUUCGAAUCGAGGGGUGGCCGUACGCUGAGAUCCCCUUCAGGAACCUCAGCGACGUGCCCAACCUCGGGAAGCUCGAGAUGCUUCUGCGCGGCUGGAAGGACGGGUCGAUUCGAUUCGUCCGCAUAACCGAUGAACAAUACUACAUCAUGGCCGCAGAUCCAAGCCCCUGGAUCGGUCCUCUUAUUGUUGGAGACGCAGAGGAGACUGAGGACUGAACACAUGCAGCGGAACUCCACAAUAACUUGCUCGACACGCCCUCUCUCUCCCCUUCUCCCGUCCUCAACGCCACGCGGGCAUGCGCGAGCGCGACCUGCAUUGUUUUCGGUUGCUGUUAUUGUACGCUUUCUGCUUCCGGAUCGACAACGGAUCAUCCGUCCGACGGUGUCGCUGCUUUCAUACACGUAGUACGCAUCUGGCAUGUAGUCUCCACGCUUUCAAAGUCGAUUGCUGUGCACCCCGG